AUGUGUCGAUUCUUGAUUUACAAGGGUCUUAAUGAGAUCCGUCUCAGCAAACUUGUUACAGAGCCCAGUCAUUCCAUCCUGACUCAGUCCUAUGACUCCCGGUUAAGAUUGGACAAUCGGCGUCCUGUGAAUGGAGAUGGAUUCGGAGUGGGUUUCUACACCGACCCUAAACUAGGACCGGAGCCCUGCAUCUUCACAUCAACACUGCCAGCCUGGAACUGCGAGAAUUUAGAGCGGCUGGCUUCCAAAACUUGCUCUAAUUUGAUUUUUGCCCACGUCCGCGCCACCACUGAGGGUGCUCUUGCGGAGAACAAUUGCCACCCGUUCCAGCACCAGACUCUGAUGUGGAUGCACAACGGCAGUAUUGGCGGCUGGAAUUAUAUCAAGCGGGCACUGGGUAGCUCUCUCUCCGAUAAGUGGUAUCUCGGCGUCAAGGGUGGCACAGAUAGCGAGUGGUCCUUUGCGCUGUUUCUCGAUCUGCUCGAGAAAGAAGGUGUCGACCCGAGUUCAGAUCCUGGCCCAGAAGGGUUUGGCCAGGCUCUGCUGCGUCGCGUUAUGAUGAAGACCAUUGCCAAAAUCAAUGAGUUUGUGCGCGACAUCCCCAACAAGCACAACCUCACGGAUCUUGAGACGCGAAGCCUGCUGAACUUUGCGGUCACAGAUGGCCACACUGUCGUCUGUACGCGGUAUGUCAGCAGCAAGACGGACGAACCUGCGAGCUUGUACUUCUCGUCUGGCACUAAGUGGAAGGAGGGGAAGACCAAGGGUCACUUCAAGAUGGAGCGCCAUGACAAGGGUGCUGAUAUCGUGCUCGUGGCUAGUGAGCCUAUCACUUUUGAACGACACAAUUGGGUCUCAGUUCCCACAAACUCAGUGGUGACCAUUCACAAACAGACUGUGUUGCUACACCCGAUCUUGGAUGAAUUCUACAGUGAAGAUCUCAACCACGAUCGCUCAACCUGUUUCGCCGUAUCCAAAGGCCUUGUUAGCACGGCACCUGGAACUACUGUUCCCCCGCCAAACAACGAGACUUGUGCCUCUUCCGCAUCACAGGCGACACAUGAGAAAGAUGUAGCUGUCCUGGACGGACCUCGCCGUUCCCAACCUACAGCGGCCGUAUCUCAUUGA